AUGGAAGAUAAAUUAUAUACAUUCCAUGUUCAUUUACCAAUUGAAAUUGAAAAACUUGGACAGCCAGUUGUUAUCGGUGAUGGAAAAGAAUUGGGAAAUUGGAAAUAUCCAAUUGUAAAACUUUUUAGACCAUCUAUUAAAUAUCCUACUUAUUGGAAAUCUCAACCACUUUCCCUUUCAAAUGCAAAGAUCCGAUAUAAUUACGCCAUACAUCUUCCAGCCUCAUUUUUUCAAUUAGAGGACGAAAAAGUAUCAUUCGAAAGUAUUGAAAAACGUUCGUUGAGUGGAAAGAAUCAAUUCGACAUCUGGAUUAAUCAUCCAAAGUACACAAUCGAUCAAAAUAUUGUCGAUUAUGCUUUUGUCGAUCAUCUUUAUGAUAAUGUGACAAUUCAUAACCUAGGUGAAUGCGCUUCGGAAUUUAUAAAAAUUUUAUCCCUUCAUCAUGACCUUACAGUUUCAUUUUCAAAUUAUGAAUAUAUAACCAAAAAGAUGGAUGAAAAUCCACAAACUGGUCAAAGGCUUUUCUUGUGCAUUUUAUUGGGUCAUUACAUUCCAAGCAUUUCAGGGGAACGAAUUUAUAAAUUACCGACCAAAUUCCAAUCAGAGGUAUUAAUUGAAGCUCUUGCUGAAUAUCGAAGAGAUAUAUUAUGCUUGGACGCAAAUGAAUAUAUUGUCAGGGCCAUUUUAUCUUUAAUUUAUCAUAAUGCAACUAUAGCAUUAAGAUUAGAUUGGCUCGUAAUUUUUAAAAUCGCCAAAGACAUCGAUCCGGAAUUUGAAUUUUUGGAGAAUUUACAAAAUGUUAGGUAUAAUGAUCUAGAAUUGAAAAAUAUUUCGAAAAGAAUUAAGCCAAACAUUAACAACAUCGAACUUGAAAAUACGAUAAAAAUUACUCGGUGGUUGGUACAAUUAUGUCAGAACAUAGAGAUUCUUUUUGAAGUGUGGGAUAUUUUCCUAAUUAGAAACAAACAAAUAUCUCAAUAUUUUAUCUAUCGAGUUCAGAACAUUAUCUCAAACAACCAUGCUAACGACUUGAUGAACAACUUUUCGAAAAUUCCAAGCGAUUUCCGAGAUCACAUUUCUUAUAUGUUCCGAAGACGCGUUUUAUCUUUACUAAAAAAUUUGGAUAGGCGUUGGUCAGACUCGGAUAUCUCUGCCUUACAAAGAAUUUUUCAACAAUCUGAUCUAAAUUGGAAUGACGAGGAUGUUUUGUCUUCAUUAGAAUUGAUCUCUCAAUCUCAUAAUUUGGAAUUAUUAACCGUCUUUCCCGAAAUUUUGAAUGAUUGGUUCCUUAAAAGUUUUACCGACAUCAAAGAGACAAAGUUGUCAACCAUUUGUCAUAGUUGGUUUAAUCUUCUUUUAUACAAACUAGACGUUAGACAUAAAAGUUCUUCGGACGAAAGCAAGUAUACAUUUACGAUAUUUCAGCAAUUAGACCGUUUCUAUCCUUUGUUCGCCCAUCGAACUAUUUGGAAGGAUUUAUCAACCAUUGCUUUAGAUAAAGUGAAGGGUUAUUCCGAAUCCUGCAUCCUGGGUGCAACAAAAUCCAUGAUAAUGGUAAAGGAACAAGAAGUAAAAAGGUUAUAUAUCGAAAUAGUUAAAGAAAUAUUAAACAAAAUGGUUCAGCAAGCUGAUGAUCAAUUAAUGAAGGAAAUAUUUAUGAUUUGCGAUUGUAAAGACGAAUCGCUGGAGGUUCCAAAUACGAUAUGCGAGGAUAUCUUGUGCCAGAUCAUGUUUUACUUGAGUCAAUUGCCCGUAACUAACCCUUCAGAACAGCAUUUAUCAAUUCUUAGAUCGAGCAAAUUUUGGAACAUUAUAUUCCGCGCCACCGGAAGCGUCGCAAAACUUCAUGCGAACUCUUACGUUCGGCAUAUCCAAAUAUCCAUCGCAGAACUUGACAGAAUCCUUUUAGAUUAUUCGAUAGACAUGCAAUUAUUGCAAGAAAUUUUAGAAUAUUCCGAUGAAAUAUUAUUAAAACAUUUUAGUACCGCGAAUGAUGAAGCGAUUAAUGAUAAAAUCUCCACACUCAGAAUUUUAUAUUAUAACGUUUAUACAAAUCAAAUAGAUCUAUUAUCUGGGUUUUAUCAAGAAUUCUGUUCAGCCCCCAAAGUAACUGAUUCAAAUGAUUUUAUUAAAAAUAUACAAAAACUUGAACAAAAUUUAAGAAAGGUUACGUUGAAACAAGUAUUGGAAUCAGAAUAUUGGUCAUUCCAUGAGAAAACGUUGGAUAGUGCAAAUCGUUGCCACAAAUAUAUUCAAUCUCGAACAUUUCGAAAUAUUUUUGAGGUUUGUCUCCAGAAAGAUGCCGCAGCAACAAAUGUGGAAUAUAUAGCACAAAAAUUAAUGCCAAUCGUCUUUGAAAAUUACAAAGAAAUGAGUGAAAAGUUUAAAUCUUGGGAGGAUGUUAGUUACUCGGAAGCAUUAUUAUUUUGGAAGGACGCUAAGAAUUUCGCUGAAUUUAAAUUAAAGGAACUAAGCUUUUUAAGAAGAAAUGAUAAAUUCUUACAAACUCUUGAACAACUUUGGAAAUUACCUCAGUGGAUAGAAAGACUUGAGCAAUUAGAGAAAACAAAAAAAAUUUUCCAGACACAACAAGAUGGGAAUGAUCUAAUAUCAAAAUCAAAUAGGGUAUUACGAGAUGAAGUCUUGGUACUUUGUCAAGUGAAUGAGUUUGUUAUAAAGAUUGAAAAGGCCUUUUACUUUGAUCAAAGUUGUUGGAACUUUAUAAAAGAAAUUUCAAUUGCUGAGGAUUUUUUGAAUUUCUUAAAAAAAAUUUCUGAAAAUGACAUUAAAAAAUUAUUGAUGGAUGAUCAUUCAGAUGAAAGAUUGAUUCAGGAGGAUACAAUUCUUUCAUUUCUUCACGUUCGACAACAUAUCUAUCCGCUUAUAAACAACCAUAAAAUCGAAACCGUUGCUCUUUUGGACGAUUUACAAUUAAUGGUUGAGAAGAAUCCUACAUUAGUGAGCCAGCUUGCUUUGUGUAACAAUAACAACAUGGUAUUGCAAGAGAUGUAUCAUAAAAUUUUGAAUCACGACCAGAUAGUUAUAGAGAAAGUUAAGAAUGCCGUUUUUAAUGGAACAUAUAAUUUUGUAUUUGACGAAAAAAUUGAAAAGUGUAUAGUAAUGUUAAAUUAUCAUUCAUCAGCUAAAGAAGUGUAUAAUCUAGAUGAAAUGUUGGGCCUGCGUAAACAAGCUCUUUUAAUAUCAAAUUCAAACGCCAUCGCCAAUAUAAAUGACUUCAUUGAAUUAGUCGACAUUAUUCAAAACAUAAUUGAUUUAGUUACAAUAUUAAUACAAAGAGGACAUUUUAAAUACAGAAAAUUCGAAAAGAAAAUAGAAAAAAGGGACGACAUGAAGGAAUUCCUUACAAUCUUAAAUGAUGAUUUAGAAACAUGGGAAAGUACAAUGAACCAGGCGCAAAACAAAUGGUAUUAUUUAACAUUCUUCACCGCUCAUCAUCUUUGGGCAUUCUACGAUUAUUUCACAUCGGAAAAAUUAGACAAAGAGAAUGAAGAAAUGUGCAUAACGUUAAUUAGAUUUGUGAACAACAAAACUCAAUUGCCGCUUCAUGGGAAAAUAAGAAUACCAGAACAUGAAGAUUUACUUGAGUUACUUUGUGAGAUUGGUAAUGUACUAGAUAAGAUUUUUAAAAACAUUCCAAAAGAAUCGCGUAAACUUGAAGUCAUUCAAAAAAAAGAAAUUUCGAAUAUUGUUACGAACGGUAAAUUAUUUAUAGGAAAAUUUAAGGAAAGAUCCUUGAUUCCAAAUGCAAUAAUCUCGCUGUAUGCUAAUAAUGGAUAUUAUCCCGAACCAUGGCAAUUAUUGAUAUGUACUACUUCAACUACAAUGGAAGAUAUCACAAAUUUUAUUAAAAGAAGUUUUCUCGCCGCAAAUAAUGAAUAUAGUAAUCACCUUUUCUGCAUUGCAAAUUUAGAAUUAUUACACUUUGAAUUACAAUAUGGUUUGGUAAAUUAUAUUGAGAAAAUGCAAUUGGAACAUAUAAGUGGGAAAUAUUUAUUGGCACUUCUAUGCUGUAAGGAAUUAGAAGUACCCAAUUAUAUUUUGGAUCAAUAUUCUCUAGAAUUUAAAGAGAUUGAUCUUUUGGCUGCUGAAACGAUGAAAGAAAUAUAUAAGAAAAUGUGUCCAAAUAUAAUGUGCGUUUCUUCAGAUAUAUCAGGUCAAGGGAAAACCGAAUGGAUUAAAGAUGCCAGUUUUUCCGAACAAAAAGUUCCGUAUAGUUUCUUAAUUAAUGAUUCCAUGGACCUUAGAUAUCUUGUAAACAAGCUUAAAGAAUGCACAAUUAAGCAUACACAAAGUCUACAUAUCAAUGUUCUACCUUUUAAUUGUCCCGAAGACGUGAAUAUAUUUUUAUUUGAAUUAACAACAUUUCGAAUAGUAUUAUAUAAUAAGGUGAUGGUUUCAAUACCCGAAACUUCCAUUUAUAUCGAAAUAGAUUCAUCGUUAUCCAAAGUUCCUCCCCUUUCUUCGUUGAUGUAUUUGUCGUCUAAGCAUUUAUCCUGGAAUAUUGAAAAUUUUAGAGUAUUUCAGGAAAUAUCGAGUCCAGUUCAAAUCGUUUGUCAUUAUUUAAGCUUGUACGAUCGUGAGGAAGUUGAUACUGAAGAAAUUACCUUAAAGGCGAUCAAAUAUCCCUUGUCUGCAGAAUAUUGUCGAAACCUUAUUAUAAAAUAUUUUUUGAAAACAAAUGAGAAAAGAAUAUUAUCAUUUAGAUACAUAGAAAUUUUUGUUAGCGUUUUAGCGGAUCAAUUGAUUAGAUUGUCAUCAAGUCAAUAUUUUACGAUUGAUAAUCUUAAGCUAAAGUUGAAAGAUACUACUAGCAUCAGAUCAACCAUACUUAAAUCAUUUAUAGAUGUUUCGAAAGAUUUCGCAACCAAAUCUAUAAAGAUGAAGGCAUCACCUCUAAUGAUCAACGAUGAAAGUUCUUUCUUUGAAACAAAUUCAAAUAUUAAUUACGUUAUAGCAUUUCCGAAUUUCCAAGCUUCGGAUUUUUGUACUGUAUUAUAUCAUGACAAAAAUAAAGUUCCUGAUAAUAUCAAAUUACUAUUAGAGAGUCAAGUGAUUUGUGAUCCAGAAAUAUGUGAUUACAAUAAAAUGUCAACGGAUGCACUCUUAAUGAAGCUAGAAGGCAUAGCUCGUAGUUCAACGCAAGAGUUAAACCUACCCGAAUAUACAUUAACUAGUGAUAAUCUGAUAAAGAUGGCGCUAAUUCUUUUAAGAGUACGAGUGAACAUUCCAAUAGUGAUCUGCGGUGAAGCGGGAUGUGGCAAGACAAGCUUAAUCACUUAUCUAGCUAGGUUGGCUGAAGUUCAAUUCCAAGCAAUUAAUCUUCAUUGCGGAAUUGACGAAGAAACUAUUACGAGCUUUGUGCUAGAUGCUUUAAAAGAUGCAAUAAAAGGAGAAAUUUGGUUAUUAUUUGAUGAGAUUAACUCAUGUAGACAUUUAGGUUUACUUUCAGAUUUAAUAUCUAAUAGAAUGUUUCAAGGCAAGCCUCUGCAUCCAAAUAUUCGUUUAUUCUCUACAUGUCAUCCAUUCCGUCUUCUUACAUUAGCUCAAAAACAUAAAAACUACGAAGAACAAAGCCUAUUAGUGUAUCAAGUCAGCCCACUUCCCGAUAAAGUUUUGGAUUAUGUGUUGGAUUAUAAUAUUUUGAAACCAGAUGAUGAAUACAAUUAUAUCAAAAUUAUGGUUGAAAGAGAAUUAAAAGAAAUGGGGCAUUCCUUAUUUACUGAUCUCGUAUUCGCUUCUCAGAAUUUCAUUCGUAAAGUCGAAGAGCCUUAUCGUGUUAGCUUGCGUGAUGUUAAGCGAGCUAUAACAUUGGUGAAAUUCUUUUAUAACUCUCUCGAGAAUCGUCCAGCUUACAAAGAGGGUCAUGUAUAUCCAUCAUUUGGUAGUCCAACUACCAUCACUAGAUGUCAUGUUUUAUCACUUAGUAUUUGUUACCAAUCUAGAUUAUAUGAUCAUGAUUUACGUAAACACUAUCGUUACGAAAUGGGUCAAAUUUUUCAAACCCACAAUAUUUAUGUGGGAGAAAACGUAUUUGUUAGAAUUGUUCAUGAAGAGCAAGAAAAUUAUAUUAAUAGGAUGCGGUGCCCUUCUAAUAUGGCAAUACAUGAAGCGUUACUAGAAAAUGUAUUAGCUUUGAUUGUAUGCAUUUUGACUAAAAUUCCUAUAUUCAUUAUCGGAGAAACAGGUUCUUCUAAAUCUUUAGCCAUUCAUCUAAUAAAUUCAAAUCUACGUGGAUCCGAAUCAAAUGAUGAAUAUUUCAAAAAGUUGCCAAGGGUAAUUGAAUUUGUUGAAGCAAGUGUUAAGAAACCGUUAAAAAUACUUCAUCAUUUGCUUGAACCAAGUUAUCCAGCAACUGGACCAGCUGUUUCAUUUAUUGGAUUAUCAAACUUGUGCUUAAAUAUUAGUAAAAGUAGUCGAGCGAUACUUGUACAAACUUACGUUUCCCCAAAAUUCAAAUGCAUUCUUGUAAUGGAUGAGAAGAAAUCACAUUUAGCUGAUCCAUCACUUCUCAAUCGAUUUGAAAAGCAAAAGUUGUCUAUUAGUGAUGUCCUUGACGUUCGACAACAAUCACUUGUUCUACAAUUAAAAGAUUGGACCAAACGAAUGACCACUUUUGAAGGUCAUACAAAGGAUCAAAUUCCUAAUGAAUUUUCACAAAAGGAUCUCUUCGUUGGAUUUGAUGAGGACGUAACUUUACAGAGUUUAGUAUUAAAUAUUACAAAGAAUAAUUCUGAUGAUGAUAAAGGGAUUUUAGAAAAAUGUAAGGACAGCUUAAUUUCUACAGCAACGUCGGAUGGAAUUAUAAGAGCUGAAAAAUCAAUUAUGGAACAAGAUGAAAUUAUUAUGUUGAAAAAAGAUCAAAGAAAUGAUUUAUUUGGGGAAAUCUGUCAUUAG